UGCGGCCACUAAUUACGACAACGCCUCUGUUUACGGCGCACAUGUGUACAGACCAUUCCACUCCGGCGGUGGUGCCUCCAACAUGGCUAAAGUUUCAAAGAAGAAAGUGAGUAAGAAAAGCCUCAGGAAGAGCUCCACGGUGACGGAGGAGACCGCAGAGGUGAGGCCAGAUGUCGUAUACGAUGAAGACGAUGAUGAAGAUAUCAGUAAAGACGACGAAAACAUCAGCAGUGAGGAAGAGGAAGACGGCGGCGAUGAUGAACGAAAACGCCAGAAGCUGCUGGAAGCCAUCAGCGCCCUGGGAGGUAAGAGGCAGAAGAAGCUGGGAGAGAGAUCCGAGGCGGCUGUCCACAUGUCGGAGUUUACUGUCAACGCAGAGGGGGAGGGCGAUAAGGUGGAUCUCUCGGACCUCAUCGGGACUUUGGAGAAAACCUCCGCUGUCCCUGCCAGGACCAAGAAGCAGCUGAAGAACCUGCAGCGUACUAACAAAACCAUUGAGUGCCCCCUCAGCAAGCAGGAGAGUGAGAGGAUUCAAAGAGAUGUGGCUUUCCAGAAGGCAUCCACAGAGGUGACCCGGUGGAAGGACAUCAUCAAACAGAACCAGAGGGCUGAGCAGUUGGUCUUCCCCCUGGACAAGGAGCCCACGGGUCCUAGGCCUAUGGAGAGGAUUGUGAACGGAUGGAAGGCACAAACUCCGCUAGAGCAGGAGAUCUUUGCCCUCCUGUCCGCAAAUAAGCAGCCCAUCAAUGACCCCAUCCUGACUCCUGCAGAGGAGGCUUCAAUGAGGGCGAUGAGCCUGGAGGAGGCCAAGAUACGCCGCGCAGAGCUGCAGAAAGCCCGGGCUCUGCAGUCCUACUACGAGGCAAAGACCCGGAGAGAGAGAAAAAUCAAGAGCAAAAAAUACCACAAAGUGCAGAACAAGGCCAAGCGUAAAGAAUUCCUGAAGAAGUUUGACGAGAUGGUGAAGACGGACCCUGCCGCUGCCUUAGAGGAGCUGAAUAAAAUCGAGCUGGGCAGGAUGCAGGAGAGGAUGUCGCUGAAGCACCAGAACAGUGGCAAGUGGGCCAAGUCAAAGGUGAUCAUGGCCAAAUAUGAUGAGGGGGCUCGCAAAGCCAUGCAGCAGCAGCUGGAGGUGAACAAAGACCUGACCCAGAAGCUGGUGACUUCGCUGGAUAAAGAGGAAGAGGAGGAGAUGGAAGCAGUGGAUGAAGAGGUGCUGCCUGAUUUUGUAAAUGAUGCAGAGCAAGGACUAGAUUCUUCCAAUCCCUGGAUGAAAGGAAAGCUGUCUGUGGAUCCUGCUGAAAAAGUGUUGAGUGACAAUGUGGAUGUUACAACUGAGGGUCCUGGAGCUGUGGGAAAUCCAGCUGAGGAAGAAGAGGGUGAGGAAGAGGUUGUGGAAACAGAAGAGGAAACCCUCCUCAGGGAGUUUGACAGCAGGAGGAAACAGCGACAGGCUCACGAGGCUGACGCAGCACCUGCACUAUCUGUGGGCCCUGAGGAGAGUACAGCAGAGGAGCCAGAGGCGUCUGAUCCAGAGGAAGAGGAGCUGUCACAGUUCACAAGCCUUUUCCGAGGAAUAGCAGACAGCUGCCGGGAAGCUGACGCUGAGAUGGCUGAGGCAGCUGCAGACUCCAGCCACACAGACCCUUCAGCUCAGCUGGAGGAAGGGCUGGUGAGGAUCAGGGCUCUAGAGGACAUGGAGCUCCUCAGUCAGCAGGAGUCAGCCAGUGAUGGAGCACCUGUUGUGCCCCCUGCUACAGAAAACCUGCCAUCUGUAACUCCACCGGCAGACAAAACCAGGAAAAGGAAGAGGGGAAUCGAACUGAAAGAAGUUCUCACCAAAGAAACAAAAGUCAUCAAAGUUCCACUCGUCCCAACCAUGGAAGACACCGAGGACUCAGAGGAGAAGCUGGAUCAAAGGGGGCUCAUUAAAGAGGCCUUUGCCGGAGAUGACGUGGUCUCAGACUUCCUUAAGGACAAGAGGAGGCAGGAGGAUGCAGCAAAGCCACAGGUGGUGGACCUGACUCUUCCUGGUUGGGGCGAGUGGGGAGGGACAAACCUAAAGCCGUCCCGCAACAGACGGAGGAGGUUCAGGAUUAAGGCAGCACCCCCUCCUCCCAGAAGAGACCAAUGUCUGCCCAGUGUCAUCAUGUCAGAGAAGAGAAACAGCUCCAUCGCCCUGCAUCAGGUGAACUCGCUGCCCUUUCCCUUUCAGACCCACGCACAGUUCGAGAGCUCUAUCCGUGCUCCACUGGGUCGCACCUGGAACACGGAGCAGACUGUCAGAAAGAUCAGCAAGCCCAAGGUGGUCACCCAGCUGGGCGCCAUCAUCCAGCCCAUGUCUCGUGAGGAGCUGAUGAAAGACAAGAAGCAUGUCUCUGCUGGGAGCAGGAGUUCUGUGGACUCAUGGAAGAGAAAACGUUAGCAACAGAUAUUAUCGAAAUGCUCACUGGGUAAAGGUUGUCUUGAAACCCCCAUGACUCAGAUUCUGUUUUUCUUAAGCUUUUCAUGUUGUAAAUUUGACAUUCAGAUAUGUUUAAUCAAAUAUUGAAAGCCAACUAUGUGAAAAAUAUUUAAAAUUCAUUCUGUCAUGGGCUUAGAUAGCUAAGCUUGUAUGUUUUAAAUAUUAACAGCUAAUUAUUUUCCCACUAGUUAUUUUGUAAUGAACACAUAUCACAUUCAUCCGGCCUGAUGCUUUCAUGAAGGUUAUUGUGUACUGUUGUCUGAAAGUGGUAAAUUGACUAAACCUG